CACAAACACGCUCAACCUCUACCUCAUUUAGCUGCAGGCCUGCUCCCCUCCUCUCCCCUCUCCUGGAACAAGUGCUUGAGGAUUAAGAAGCAGGGAGGCUGGACUAGAGGACCACAGGAUUGGGAUUGGGAUUGGAGGGCUCGGGCAGGACUGGAUUAUUGUUGUGCUGUUGCAGACACCAGAUUGGACUGCAGGAAACAGGCUGUUUUGUACAGGAUUUUGUGGCUAUGGUAGACUUGUGGACUCUGGAGCUGGAGCUAUAAACAUAACUGGAGCAAGAAUCAAACUACUAAAUACUAAAGAGCAGGGUGUUUUUGGCUGCACUGGGAAUACUGGGACCAUUUAGAUUGGUGGUGAAGUCACUCAGCAGACAAGCUUUCUCUGGUUUAUAAUAAGAGCUGCUCCGGCCUACUUAAACCUUUCUCUGUGGGCGAGAGUGCCUGAUGACCUCAGUCCAGAGGAGAGACAGGAGCUGGAAAGCAUCCGCCGCAGAAAACAAGAGCUACUGCACGACAUAAAAAGGCUGAAGGAUGAGAUAGCAGAGGUGACCAAUGAGAUUGAAAACCUGGGCCUGACUGAAGAGAGGAAAAGCAUGCAGAGGAAUAAACAGAUGGCCAUGGGCCGAAAGAAGUUCAACAUGGACCCCAAGAAGGGGAUUCGCUUCUUGAUUGACAGCUCCCUGCUGAAAAACACCAGCGAUGACAUUGGCCAGUUUCUCUACAAGGGUGAAGGGCUUAAUAAGACAGCUAUUGGCGACUACCUUGGGGAGAGAGAUGACUUCAACAUCGAGGUUUUGCAUGCCUUCCUGGAGUUACACGAGUUCUCAGACUUGAACCUGGUUCAGGCUCUCAGGCAGUUCCUGUGGAGCUUUAGGCUGCCCGGUGAGGCCCAGAAGAUCGACCGCAUGAUGGAGGCGUUCGCCCAGCGGUACUGUCGCUGUAACCCUGGAGUGUUUCAGAGUACAGAUACCUGUUACGUGUUGUCGUUUGCUGUGAUCAUGUUGAACACCAGUCUACACAACCCUAACGUGAAGGACAAACCCUCCGUUCAGAGAUUCACAGCGAUGAACAGAGGAAUCAAUGAUGGAGGAGACCUGCCAGAGGAGCUACUCAGGAACCUGUACGACAGCAUCAAGAAUGAACCCUUUAAGAUCCCAGAGGACGAUGGGAACGACCUCACACACACCUUCUUCAACCCCGACAGAGAAGGAUGGCUGCUGAAACUCGGUGGACGAGUUAAGACCUGGAAGAGACGCUGGUUUAUUCUCACAGAUAAUUGCCUCUACUACUUUGAAUACACAACUGAUAAGGAACCGAGAGGAAUUAUUCCACUGGAAAAUCUGAGUAUCAGAGAAGUCGAUGACUCCAAGAAACCGAACUGCUUUGAGCUCUACAUCCCAGACCACAAGGAUCAGGUGAUCAAGGCCUGCAAGACGGAGGCAGACGGCCGCGUCGUCGAGGGAAACCACACUUUUUACAGAAUCUCCGCCCCGACCGCAGAGGAGAAGGACGAAUGGAUCAACAGCAUCAAAGCUGCCAUCAGCAAAGACCCCUUCUAUGAGAUGCUGGCUGCUCGGAAGAAGAAGGUCUCGUCUCUGAAGGGGCUGUAGAGCUGCUGAGGAUUAAACAUUGAAACAAGCACAGCUUGGACUUAAUGCAGCUGCCUGGAUGUGGACCUGAAACUCCUGCUGCUGCAGUGACACUUGGACCUGCCACAGAGGAUUCAGCUUUUAAUGAAGCUCUUCCUUCAUCACCUUCAGUACCGACACCCCGCUCUCUACAGGUUUGACCUUAUGUUCAAAGUUUCAUGAUUCACUCAUAAACCUCUUUUUUAUCCUCAAACAUCUCCCUUUACACUCUACUCCUGCUGUGCCCUCUGGUUAGGACUCCCACUCUUAAAAUAUGCUGUAACGACUGAAAUGUGUCUGAUUCCCCUCAGAGCCGCUUCACACAGACGUGUUUGGUCUGAUGUGGAACAUCGAGUCUCUACAGCUACUCAAACAUUUAAUAGGAGGGAAAACAUGAAGAGUGCAGGGAGCGUGUAACAUGUACUGAAACAUGAAUUACUUUGGUUCGUAGCUGAACCUGAGGUGAGAAAAAGACGCAGCACAUUACGAUGGAAGGAGUGGGGGCAGCUGAUGAAUGAAUCACAUCAUACAUUAAUGUGAUUCAGAUACAUUUCAGAAGAGCCUAAAACACUUUCAGUUAGUUUACAACCAAUCUCUAUUUUGAUCAGCUGAAGUCUGGUUUCCAGACAUGGAUUAAACCUCGUCCUCUAAUAAAACACUUAAGGUGUUUCAGUAGAUAUCGUCAUUAAGUGCAGGACUGAUCUCGUCUGGGACACUUGACUGUAUCGUUUAGUCUGAUUUGCCAUAAAAAUGCUUUUUUCUAAGCCUGUUUUCUUACUGCUGUUGGUCUUUUGUCAAAGUACUGUUAAUGCAUAAAUAGCUAAAUAUUUAUUUAUCCAGAUUUCUUGUAAUUUAUUACAUUUUGUCUCAUUAAAAGUUUGCAAACCAA